CGAUGUGGUGGCCCCCAGCUCGACCUUUUGCAAAGUCUACACCUUGACCCCUUUCCUGGCCAACAACCGGGAGAAGCGCGGGCUGGCUUUGGACGGGAAGCUGAAACACGAAGACACCAAUUUGGCUUCCAGCACCCUGUUGAGAGAAGGCGCCAACAAGGAGGUUCUGGGGAUUAUCGUCUCCUACAAAGUGAAAGCCAAGCUGGUGGUCUCUCGAGGGGGCUUGCUGGGAGAUCUUGCCUCCAGUGACGAUGACAUCGUCUUCGAAGAUUUCGCCCGGCAGAGACUCAAAUGCAUGAAAGAUGAGGAAGAGGAGGCCGACGGGACGAACUCAUCACCGCAGCUGAAUGACAGAUAAACUGCCCGCCUUCCUCCUCCUCCCCCCCCUCCCCCAUUUCCACUCCGAGCGUCCCGGCACUCCCCCUACUCUUUUCUAUCAGUUUUUGGAAUUGCGUUGUUUUUAAACACGUCGACUGGGAGCCUGUAGAGGGGGUGGGUGGGAAUGCAACGCCCGCCCCCUCCUCCUGCCAACACUCAAGGCCACCGUCCGGUCUGAAUAUUGCAGACGGACGCGGGGGGGUCUAAGAAGGGAGCUGCGUUGUCGAGCGCCACGCUUAGGGCAUGUGUGUGGGCGUGCAUGUGUGUCUAUGUGUGUGUGUGUCUGUGUGUGUGUGCUGG